AUGGCUAUUAUCACAGCUAAGGAUUUAAUUGUCACUAAUGCAGAUGUUUUGAAUGUUAAUGUUUUACAAAGUGUUGUGACAGCUGCAGUUAAAUUCUUUGCAGUGAAAAUUUAUGAGACUCAACAAAAUGGUUUCUUUGAGACUCUGAUUGAAACAGUAAUUGAUGAGAUCUCAGUGACUACAUCGCUGAUCGCAGCUUUCAAAUCAUCAUUGAAACAUCAUGUUUCAUUAGUUGAGAAAAUCCGGAGUAAUAAGCAGAUCUGCUUUGAUGACAAUUUCUUAAAUGACACUGAUCAACCUGAGAUUCUUAAGAAUUAUCCACAUCUGUGCAAUUCUUCCAUUUAA